CGACAUAAGUAAAUACCCAAAAAACAAAGGGCAGGUUAGCAAAAAUCCAAAAUAGAACCUCAACAUAGAGUAGCGAAAAAGAUUCGAAUCUUCCCAUCCGAACAUUCCAAAAUAAAAUGCGGAUCUGACGGUCAUAAAUUCUUCCAAUAGAAUUAUUCUUUGGCACAAUGCCAUCUCCCACACACAAAUUUAACCCAUCAUUACAUUGCCAACUCACACACACAAAUCUUAAACACGCCAUCCUAAACAUUAACAAUUCCAAAUUCCCUCCCCCUCUCCUUCUCGGCCGGAGAAUCCCAUAUUCUGGUGGCGGGAACGGAAAUUUGACCGUUGGAACCACCUGGGUUUCUUUCUUUCUUCUUUCCUUAUAAUUAUUAUUGUUAUUAUUAUUUUCUUUGUUUGAACGUUAGUUGGCUCCGUUAGUUUGGUUGGUUGGUUGGUUUGUUUUUUUUUGCUCGGAAAUGGUGACGAAAGUGGCGUCUCCGAGGAAGGCGUCGAUGACGGAGGUUUUGCAGAGAGCUUAUGGGAAUUUUAGCGCCAAUAGUAGUAGCGGGUAUAGUAACAACAACCACCAUCAUCAUCAACCCAAGAAAUAUAUGAUUCACGAGACUGAGGAUGAUUUUGAGCAAGAAGAUGGGACUAUGGAGCUGGUCCAGAUUGGCGCUGAAAGAACCAAGAAUGUGUUGAUCAUCAUGAGUGACACCGGAGGUGGCCAUCGUGCUUCUGCUGAAGCCAUUCGUGAUGCCUUCAAGAUGGAGUAUGGCGAUGAAUACAGUGUAACUGUGAAGGAUGUGUGGAAAGAGUACACAGGGUGGCCAUUGAAUGACAUGGAAAGACAAUACAAAUUCAUGUUGAAACAUUUACAGCUAUGGAAGGUUGCAUUUCAUAGUACUUCUCCGAGAUGGAUACACGGUUGCUACCUUGCAUUCAUGGCUGCCUACUACGCCAAGGACGUGGAGGCAGGUCUAAUGGAGUACAAACCAGACAUUAUCAUUAGCGUUCAUCCAAUGAUGCAGCAUAUUCCUUUAUGGGUUCUUAAAUGGCAAGGCCUGCAAAAGAAAGUGAUUUUCGUUACAGUGAUUACAGACCUCAAUACCUGUCAUCCUACAUGGUUUCAUCCUGGAGUCAAUAGAUGUUACUGCCCUUCAAAGGGGGUAGCCAAGAGAGCUGCACUCGAUGGCCUAGAAGAUUCUCAAAUCUGUGUUUUUGGCUUGCCCAUCCGGCCUUCUUUUGCCCGUGCAGUUCUUUCAAAGGAUGAACUAAGGGAAGAGCUCCAGAUGGAUCCUCAUUUGCCUGCGGUUUUGCUAAUGGGAGGUGGUGAAGGUAUGGGUCCCGUUAGGAAAACUGCAGAGGCUCUAGGAGAAUCACUUCGUGAUAAGAAGUUUGAUAAACCAAUUGGGCAAUUAAUUAUUAUAUGUGGGCGAAAUAAGGUUCUCAAGUCUACAUUGGAAUCUCUGGAUUGGAAGAUCCCAGUGAAGGUUAGAGGAUUCGAGACGCAGAUGGAGAAAUGGAUGGCAGCUUGUGACUGCAUAAUCACAAAAGCUGGACCUGGUACAAUUGCAGAGGCAUUGAUUAGAGGCCUUCCUAUUAUUCUCAAUGAUUACAUUCCUGGGCAAGAAAAGGGCAAUGUGCCUUAUGUAGUAGACAAUGGCGCUGGUGUGUUCACCAGAAGUCCUAAAGAAACUGCAAGAAUUGUGACUGAAUGGUUUAGCACGAAGUCGGAUGAACUCAAGAGGAUGUCAGAGAAUGCACUUAAGCUAGCCCAACCGGAGGCAGUGUUCGACAUUGUAAGAGACAUUCACAAGCUUGCCCAAGAACGUGGUCCUCUAGCCAAUAUGCCCUACAUAUUGACAUCAUCAUUCACACGUCUAAUUUGAUUGAUAAAUCGAUCGAUGUCUUCCACUACAAGCUAUAACACUAAGGUUUGUCCCACUGCAAUGCAAUGUAUAUCUAGCUCAAAUAUUAUCAUUCUUUGUCCUCAGGGGAUUUGAACACCAAAAAUGAAGUGUAAAAUUCUGGCAAACAAGCUCUUAUAUCAAUAAGGGAAAAAGGGAGGGGGAGUGGGGGAGGUUGUGGUGGAGGGACGGGGAUGAACUUUUGAACAGAAACAAUGAUGUGUAAAUUCUGUUAAGCUUGUUUUGAUGUUUGAAAAGGUUAUGAUAUUUUGGGUAUUCUUGGGAGAAGUUAGGAUUGUUGUGAAAUUUAAUUGUGUUGUAAUUUAUUCUUAAUUGCCAGUGUUUCAGUUGUUUA